GGUGUCCCGCUUUGUCCCGCUUUACCAAUGUUAAAAUCUGGUCGCCUUAUCUUAGCUGCAUCAACAGGAUGCCCCUCAAAUCCAGUUCUGGUACUGUGGAGAUCUUCAGGUAUGUGCAUUGCCCCAAGAAGCAGAUCAAAAUGUUUCCUGAGUGACGUGAAGCCAGAGAACACAGCAGAGAGGAAAGGACUUAGACGCGAGGUCCCAUGACGACCUUCAUCGGUAGGAUUUGGAAAUACGUGAAACUAACCCUGACCAUCCCUUUAAUGUGAAUGUGAGCAGUUCUCAUAUUCUGUGAUUGGGUGAGAUCCUCCGAUGUCUUGAGUCCUGGGCUUUCCUGCUUUUGCGCAUCUAUGUGCAGGAGGUAAUUAGGUGUGAGGAGGCACCCAGCAGCUCUCAUGAAGUCUUGAACUGCUUGCUCUGGAAUAGAGGCACCAAUAUGUUUUUCUUUCUCUCCCUCUAUUCUGCUGCGUUCCAUUCGACAGAUAGUUGCUGCAAUAAUGGCAAUCACCGGCAUCGUCAUGAUGGCAUAUGCAGAUAAUUUCCAUGCAGAUUCCAUCAUAGGAGUGGCGUUUGCAGUGGGCUCUGCCUCAACGUCUGCAUUAUAUAAGGUUUUGUUUAAGAUGUUUCUCGGAAGUGCCAACUUUGGGGAAGCAGCUCACUUUGUCUCCACCUUGGGGUUCUUCAAUUUAAUCUUCAUCUCCUUCACCCCGGUCGUCCUGUAUUUCACCAAGGUGGAGCACUGGUCCUCCUUCGCAGCCCUGCCGUGGGGCUGUCUCUGUGGCAUGGCGGGGCUGUGGCUGGCCUUCAACAUCCUGGUGAAUGUCGGUGUGGUGCUGACCUACCCAAUCCUAAUUUCCAUUGGGACAGUGCUCAGCAUUCCUGGAAAUGCAGCUGUGGAUCUCCUGAAGCAGGAGGUGAUAUUCAAUGUUGUCCGCCUGGCCGCUACCAUCAUUAUCUGCAUUGGGUUUCUGUUGAUGUUAUUGCCCGAGGAAUGGGAUGAAAUCACCCUGAGAUUCAUCAACAGCCUGAAGGAAAAGAAGAGCGAAGAGCAUGCGGAGGACGCCGCCGACUCCGGUGUCCACCUGAGAAGCAGAAACCGCGCCAACGGGACAGUGUCGAUCCCUCUGGCUUGAAGAGAAAGACGCCUUUUUGAAUGCACGUGUAUGUAUAUUCUGUGAAUAUAAUAAAAUUUUCUCACUACUUGUACACUCAAAUGACAGUACUAAUUCUAAAUUUGGAUAAAUCAUAUGUGAAAUAAUACCAACAAUAAAAGUUUACAUCUAUUUGCUUACCAAGGAAGUGAUGUAAAUAAUCAUAAUAAAUUCAUAACAAAUUUUUUAUUAA